GGAAGACAUACCAAGGGUUUAAAUAUAAACAAUCAGACCAGAAAAUUAUAUUAACCCUUUCUAGCCAAACAAACUUCCAUGUCUACUCACCAGUAAAAGAAAUAUCGUGAUUAUCCAUAGCCACAUAAUCUCGUCAAUAUGCAGCAAUUCAUCUUCUUGUUUUCUUUGUUUCUCCUUCUACCUUUCUUUUUGUUGCUUAGCAAAAGACUUAAAAUCCAUGAAACUCAAAAACCAUUACCUCCUGGUCCAUCAAAACUCCCAUUCAUAGGGAAUUUGCACCAAAUGUUUGGUUCACUCCCUCAUCACACACUCCAAAAAUUAUCACAAAAACAUGGUCCAUUAAUGCAUUUGCAACUUGGUGAACUUCCCACAGUCAUUGUAUCAUCACCUAAGCUAGCCAAAGAAGUCCUGCAAACCCAUGGCCUUAUUUUCGCGGACCGACCAAACCUUACCGUCGCGAGAGUUAUGUCACGCGACAACAACUGCAUCGUCUCUUUCGCUCCUUAUGGCGACUAUUGGAGGCAAAUGCGACAAAUUUACAUAGGGGAACUGCUGAAUGCGAAAAGCAUUUGGUCUUUUUCGAGCAUUUUGGAGGAUGAACUCUCGAACCUAAUGAAAUCUAUUCAAUCCCAGAAGGGCAAACAAAUCGUUUUCGGGGAGAUGAUUAUGUCAUGCUUGUAUUCAACAAUUUGUAGAACUACAGCUGGGAGGAAAGAAAUAUGCAGAGACGACAAAGAGGCAUUGAUUAUGACAGCCAGGGAAACAGGAUCGCUCACUGGAGUUUUCAAUCUUGGAGAUCUCUUUCCUUCUUCAAAGCUUGUACAGUUCAUGGUUUCUAUGAAACCAUAUAGAUUGAAUGAUCUGAGGAACAAAAUCGAUGGCAUCCUCGAAAAUAUUAUCAAUCAUCGCGAAAACAGCAAGACUAAUGAUGAUUCGGAGGAAGAUAUUCUUGAUAUUCUCUUAAGGCUUGAAAAGAGGAAUGACUCUCAGUUCACUAUCACCCGAGAUCACAUCAAAGCCAUCAUUUUCGAACUUUCAAUAGCCGGAAGUUUAACUUCAUCGGUCCUGGUUGAGUGGGCCAUGUCGGAAUUGAUAAAACAUCCAAGGGUUAUGGAGCGGACACAAUCCGAGAUAAGGGAGGCAUUAAAAGGAAAGGAGAGAAUCACCACAAAGGACACCACGGAAUUAAAGUAUCUGAACUUUGUGAUCAAAGAAACUUUGAGGUUACACCCUCCAGGCCCAUUGUUAGCCCCAAGGCAAAGCAGAGAACAAUGCGAAAUCGGAGGAUAUAUGAUUCCGGCCGGAACCAUAGCGGUUAUAAAUGCAUGGGCUAUUGGAAGAGAUCCGGAAUGCUGGAAUGAUCCUGAGGAGUUUAGACCCGAGAGGUUCCAAGAUAGUUCUGUUAAUUUUAUGGGAACCGAUUUCGAGCUUAUACCAUUUGGUGCUGGAAGAAGAAUUUGUCCCGGCAUAAACUAUGGUGUUAACAGUAUUCAGCUUUUACUUUCUCAUUUGCUCUAUCACUUCAACUGGAAACUUCCUCCAGGGAUUAAACCUGGGGACUUGGACAUGACUGAGAGGUUUGGAGGUGCUGUUUCAAGAAAGCAUGGGCUUCGUUUACUUGCCGAAGCAUACAAUGAAUAAGUUAUAAUACUUUAUUUACUUGUUCAAACAUACAAUGAAUAAUUUAUUUAUGAUACUCUCUUCGUCCUGAAAUGAUAUUUCAACAUUUUUUUUUAUAUUUUUA